CUCAGUUACAACACCAUCUUUUAAAUACUGGCCGGUCAUUUGUAAUCAUAAAAUCUGCUCAUCUGCCUCACGGAACCCCACAACACAGCUCAUUCCUGCAGCUGCACAUACUGAACUAUGUGGUCCUGUUACCGCAAAAUGGAUCUUCGCUGGUCCCUGGUACUCUGUGCCCUGGCCCAGGUCACUUGCUGUGGGGCUAGGUCUGUACCCCUGCAACCUCUCAGCUUCCCAAAUCCUCUCCCCCGGGGCUGCAACGACUCGGAUGUGCUGUUUUUCUCAGGCCUGGCCCUGAAGCACAUCAACGCAGACCAACAGGAUGGUUAUGUGCUGGGGCUCAACCGAGUGCAUGAUGCAUGGGAGCACAUACAGGGCAGCCGGGGCUCGCUUUUCUACCUCACAUUGGAUGUGCUGGAGACCAGCUGCCAUGUGCUCAGCAGGAAGGACUGGACCGACUGUGGGGGAAGGCCACUUUAUGAAUCAAUUUAUGGUCAAUGCAAAGCAGCUUUUUAUGUCAACAAAUCACAAAGAAUUCUCCUCUUACUGGCUUAUAACUGUACUCUUCGCCCAGUUUCUAGAAGAAAACUGUUGUGCCCGGACUGUCCCUUUCCCAGCACCACUGACUUUUCAGAUGAUGGGAUCUUAAAAGCUGCCACUGAGACUCUUGCAAAAUACAACAACGAGAGUGCCUCGAAGCAGUACUCUCUCGACAAAGUCACCAGGGUGUCUAGACAGUGGGUGUCUGGCCCUGCUUACUAUGUGGAAUACUUAAUCAGAGAGUCACCGUGUAACAAGUCCCAGGCCAGCAGCUGCCCACUCCAGCCCUCUGCCUCUGCGCCUGUUGGCUUCUGCCACGGUUCUCUGAUUGAAAGUCUUUUUAAAAAGUACAUCUCCGUGACUUGCAACAUCUUCAAAUCACAGGUCCAGACUCCUGGAAGUGAGAACUCCCCUGCUGAACACAACCCUCCACACCUCCCGGGGGGGACGCCGCCCCCAAAGGAAAACACAGCUCCUUCCAGCUCCCCUGCUGAAAGGAAGCCCCGAGGAUCUAUCCAGCACCUCCCUGCUGUAGAUCAUGAGAAACCCGAAGAUUCCCAGGACAAGGACCAGGAGAUCUUCCCCGUGCAGCUGGAUCUGACCACCAAUCCGCUGGGAGGCCACCUGGAUAUCUCUUCCAUCUUCAUAGGCCCCCAGAAAGAGCAGCUGGUUGUCCUGCCUUUCCCCAAAGCACCGCGCUCUGCAGAGUGCCCAGGGCCUGCCCGCGAGACCAGCUCUCUUGUUCUCCCUCCUUGAGAAUCACAGAGGUCGUCCCAUGGGUGUCCCAUAGGAAAAGAGAUGUGGUGUGGACAGGAUAGAGAGACAGAGGGCAUGAAUGUAGAAUGGCUAAUAAAAUGUGUCCCUUUGACUGUC